AUGGCUAUCGGCAGAAGUUAUGGAUAUAAGCAGAGUAAUUCUGAUCACACCUUGUUUCUAAAAAGAAGAAAUAAUCUUGUCACAUGCUUGAUAAUCUAUGUGGACGACAUGAUCAUUACUGUGAGUGAUCACGAAGAAAUAAUGGAACUCAAGAAACAACUAUUCAGAGAGUUUGAGAUGAAGGACUUGGGAAGGUUGAAAUACUUUCUUGGAAUAGAGGUCCUAAGAUCUAAACAAGGGAUCUUUAUUUCACAAAAGAAAUAUAUUCCAGAUCUACUAACCGAAACAGGUUUAGUAGAUUGUAAACCUGCAGAAACUCCCCUUGAAGUCAAUCAUGGUUUAAAAGGCCUUGGCCUUGUGUUGAAGGAAGGAGGAGAGCCUGCCGACAAAGAACUGUAUCAGCGGCUAGUUGGGAAAUUAAUUUACUUAUCUCAUACUAGACCAGAUAUAGCAUAUGCAGUCGGGGUGGUUAGCCAGUUUAUGCAAUCUCCACAGAAGGAGCACAUGGAAGCUGUGAUAAGGAUUGUGAGGUAUCUCAAGGGAACUCCUGGACAUGGAAUCUUGUUCAGAGACAAUGAACACUUGGAAAUAGAAGCUUACACUGAUGCUGAUUGGGCAGGAAAUCCAAAUGAUAGAAAAUCCACUUCUGGUUACUUCACUCUGGUUGGCUUCACUCUGGGUUUGUGGAAAUCUGGUAAACAUUGGCGCGGUAGCAAGAACAAAAGGGUUGGUUGCUCUUUCAAGUGCUGA